AUGCGUGAGUUGGAUCCAGUUGGAACAGCACUUCGGUGGAGAGGAACUAUUUGUCGAAGAAAGUACAAUGUACAAGGUCCAAAUGCACUGUGGCACAUCGAUGGGAACCAUAAGAUGAUAUGCUGGCGGCUUGUGGUACAUACUGCUAUUGAUGGAUAUUCUAGGUUGAUACCAUAUCUGCACUAUGCAAACAACAACAGAUCCGAUACAGUACUUGCACUAUUUCAGAAUGCCUGCCAAAGUUAUGGAAUGCCAUCAAGGGUUAGGAGUGACCAUGGUCUCGAAAACAUGGGUGUAGCCCGAAUGAUGUUGGAGUGUCGGGGAGUCAACAGAGGGAGCAUGAUAACUGGAAGUUCAGUGCACAAUCAAAGGGUCGAACGGCUUCAUAGAGAUGUGACCAGUGGUGUUCUUAGAAGCUAUAUAGAUGAGUUCAACAUGAUGGAAAGAUCUGGUCUAUUAGACCCUAUCAAUGAAGUCCAUUUACUGUCACUUCACCUUGUAUUUCUGCAGGAAAUUAAGAAAUCUCUGGAUGAAUUUACCAGGCAGUGGAAUUACCAUGGCCUUAGCACAGAGGGUGGUUCAUCUCCUCUUCAGCUUUGGACUGAGGGUAUUCUAAGAUCUGCAAAUGGCAGGAACUCACCUCUGGAUGGUAUUUUAUCAGAGGAAGAAUUAAUUUGGUAUGGGGUAGAUGAAGAGGAUGCCAUUUCUGUUUCAGAAGAGGAUCGAGAGGUGAUUGUUCCCAGCAGUAACAUACCUUUGAGUGAAGAUCAGCUGGAUUACCUUCACUCCCUAGUACCCACAAACCUAACAAGGAGUGAACGAAUCUCUAAAUAUGUUGAGCUUGUGGGUGUUGUUAAUGAGAUGCUUUAAGUUUGGGUUUGAAGAGGGGCAGGGGACCUAGAGAUUAAGCAACUGGCCAUUUUAUGAGCUGAGUGUAAAAAACUUUCCCUCUAGGUUUACUGAAAUCAACUUUCAAUGUAAAAAUAUAUUUCAAUGUAACCAUAUCAUUACUGAUAACAACUUGCUCAGUGUCAUCCGCAAAUUUAACUACAAGAAAUAGAAAGCAUUCUGGCUUCUCAUUUGUCAUGUCCAAUGUGUAGCUGUAGCACGUGAGUUCGGGUAAGGAAAUAACUUGCAUAUGUCACAGCAUUGAUGUUUAAUGUUUCCUUCUAUUCAUUUAGGUGCAUACCAAUUUUAAUGUUAGUUAUCCAUUAAAAUCAAAAGAUUUCGCCAUCUUUGUAUUCCUUGAUUCAUUACAGAAACAGUUUGCAAACCGGUCUGAUGAGUUCUGAUUUUAAAGGGUUGGCAUCAGGGUUGUGAUGCUCUUGUAAAUAUCAAAUAUGGGGGGUACUGGGACUAAGACAGCCUUUACCUUAGUAAAAUAUAGCUUGGCUAGUAAACAGUCUUUAGUAGCUGCAUUUACUAGUUUU